GAUCUGAGAGAAAAAACGUUACCUCAGCCACAAAUACUCUGAUCAGACAGUGAUUCCUAAAUAUAACAACUGCUGGAGCCUGACAAUGAGAUUCUUUCACCUUCUUUGGGUUUUUAUCCUGUGGCUGAACAUAGAUAAAUCUUUACAACAGAAUGAGGUUACAUGCUCCAAUCGGCGACAGCCAAAUAUGGAGAACUGGCAGAGGAGUCGGUGGUGGUCGACACCGACAUUGGGUGACACUAGGACAUUUACCUGUAGGCGAGGCUUCAAGAGUGUAGAUGGUGAUAGAUCCGUCACAUGCACCAGAGAUGGGUGGAAACCAGAUCCAGCUUGUCAAGAAAUAACAUGUGACCGGGAAGAUGUCCCGAAUACAGAUAUUGACGGCGAUUACAAGCAGAAAUACAAAUUUGAUGAACAAGUCCGUUAUGUCUGCAAGGAUGGUUAUGAAGGAAGUUUUACUCGUACCUGUGGAGAAAAUGGUUGGAUCAAGGGUUGGUCUGAUGGAUGUACAGAGAUAAAAUGCAAUGUUAAAUAUUUCCAGCAUGCAGACAUUGACACACGUACCUCAGAAUACAAGUCUGAAUACAAGUACAAUGAGCAGGUUGACUAUGUCUGCAAGAAUGGUUAUGAAGGACGUUUCACUCUAACUUGUGGGGAAGCACGUUGGAUCGGGAAUCAACAUUGUACAAGGGAACAGUGUGAAAAGCUUGACAUCAACAAUGCAGACCUGAUCCAAAAUGAAAAGCAAAGUUACAACCGGGGUGACAGAGUCCAAUAUGCAUGCAGAGAUGACAGUAACAGAAGAUUUAUUAUUACCUGUGAGCAAGGUGUUUGGACUGGAGUUCAGAAGUGUGAAGAUAACUUAGCAUGUUCCAAACCUGAUGUUGCACAUGGAUUUGCAGUUGAAAUGAAUGGCACACUGUACUACAGCUGCAAUGCUGGUUAUAAGCUUUCCUCUAAAGGCUGGUGGGGUGAAGCCACAUGUAAUGAUGGCAAGUGGUCUAACCUGCAACAAUGCAUUGACAUUAAUAGGUGUGGUGAAGUGCCUCUGAUCCCUAAUAUGGAAGUAACACCUGUGCGUGGACGACACCAAAUCAUCACAGUUACUUGUAAGGAAGGAUAUCGUGCUCAGAUUGACAGCUUAACCUGUCGUGGUGGGAAAUGGGAUACCAAUGGGAAACUACACAGAGAAAUCUGUAAACCUAUCCAAAGCCUCUGUAAGCCUCCACCUAAAAUACAGAAUACAGUUGUUACGACUUCAUAUCAGAAGGAAUACUUGUCUGGCAAUAGCGUAACUUAUCGGUGCCGCAACAAGUAUACAAUAGAGGGAGACGACACGAUUACAUGCGAAGAUGGGCAGUGGGAGAAGAAGGACAUUGCAUGUACACUGUACUGUAACACCGAAGCUAAACAGUGGAGGGUCAUCGACAACAAAGACAAACAUAUGAAUGGGAGUGUCAUAAAGUAUAGCUGUACCACUGGUGAAGAAGAUGAAGGCACUGCAACAUGUAUUGAUGGCAAAUGGAUUGAAACAGUACAAUGUGAAGGUGAACAGUGUGAAAAGCUUGACAUCAACAAUGCAGACCUGAUCCACAAUGAAAAGCAAAGCUACAACCAGGGUGAAAUAGUCGAAUAUGCAUGCAAAGAUGACAGUAACAGAAGAUUUACUAUUACCUGUGAGCAAGGUGUUUGGACUGGAGUUCAGAAGUGUGAAGGUAAACAGUGUGAAAAGCUUGACAUCAGCAAUGCAGACCUGAUCCACAAUGAAAAGCAAAGCUACAACCACGGUGGCAGAGUCCAAUAUGCAUGCAGAGAUGACAGUAACAGAAGAUUUACUAUUACCUGUGAGCAAGGUUUUUGGACUGGAGUUCAGAAGUGUGAAGAGCGUUUGGGUUGCGAGCCACCACCAGUCCUUGAUCAUGGAGACGUCAAGUACACUUUGAAAAGUCAGUACAACCAUAAUGAAAUGGUUGAAUACAUGUGUCAGUUGUACCACACCAUGGAAGGUGAACCUAACAGAAUCUGCAUCAAUGGUGAAUGGACCGGACAGAUAAGAUGCCUUGAGCCCUGUACUUUGAAUGAAGACGACACUAGACAACAUAACGUUACUUUAAAAUUGAGUGACAAGAAAUUCUUUCUUCAUGAUGAAAUUAUGCAGUUUGAGUGUGCCCAUGGAGUACCUGUUGGUAACAUGGCAAUGCGUCAGAGGUGUAAUAGUGGUGUGGUUCUGCUGCCUACUUGCGAAUGAAUUUUUGUUAACUGGAAGAAAUGGACUGUACUGAUAAUCUUUCUCAUCUGCCUCAGUGUUGUCAACUGUGGGAAUUUUCAAUAAAACAUUCAUGUGUGCUCA